GGCGUCACUUCCUCUGCGGAGAGCCUUAGUGCCGGGGACGGUCGGGUCGGCGCGGCAGUGAGCGGCGCGGUGGGACGAUGAGCGACAGCGGGGAGCAGAACUACGGCGAGCGGGAAUCCCGUUCUGCUUCCAGAAGCGGAAGUGCUCAUGGGUCUGGCAAGUCGGGGAGACACACCCCUGCAAGAUCUCGAUCUAAGGAGGAUUCCAGGCGUUCCAGGUCAAAAUCUAGAUCCAGGUCUGAAUCCAGAUCUAGAUCAAGGAGGAGUUCCCGUAGACACUACACAAGGUCACGCUCUCGUUCCCGCUCUCAUAGGAGAUCCAGAAGUAGGUCUUACAGUCGGGAUUAUCGGCGACGACACAGUCACAGCCAUUCACCCAUGUCUACUCGCCGACGUCAUAUUGGAAACAGGGCAAAUCCUGACCCAAACUGUUGUCUUGGUGUGUUUGGAUUGAGUCUGUACACCACAGAAAGAGACCUGAGAGAAGUUUUCUCCAAGUAUGGUCCAAUUGCUGAUGUUUCCAUUGUGUACGACCAGCAGUCUCGGCGUUCAAGAGGAUUUGCAUUUGUGUACUUCGAAAACGUUGAGGAUGCUAAGGAAGCAAAGGAACGUGCCAAUGGAAUGGAGCUGGAUGGAAGGAGGAUUCGGGUAGACUUCUCCAUAACAAAAAGACCUCACACACCUACCCCUGGAAUCUAUAUGGGAAGACCCACUUAUGGCAGCUCACGACGACGAGAUUACUAUGACAGAGGGUAUGAUAGAGGGUAUGAUGAUCGUGACUAUUACAGCAGAUCAUACAGAGGAGGUGGCGGCGGAGGAGGAGGAGGAUGGAGAGCUGUUCAAGACAGGGAUCAGUUUUACAGGAGGAGAUCGCCAUCCCCAUAUUAUAGCCGAGGUGGCUACAGAUCUCGAUCCAGAUCUCGAUCCUAUUCACCUCGUCGCUAUUAAAGCAUGACACAAAGGAAUUUCUAGCUACAGCAUUUGAGUUGAAACUGCAAGUUGUGGACAAUAUUUCUAUUGUCUCUUCUGUUUAAACAAGUGAACAGUGCCUAGUGAAUAGGUGACUUUUACACCUUUUAUGAAGACUACUUCUGUGAUGUUAAAUGCUGUUUCAUUCUGCAUAUUUGUGUAGUUUGGUGCUUUGUUUCAAGUUGUGUUUUGAAAGAAGUAUGUUUUGCAUGUAUUUUUUUAGUCUCAAUUUUGACUCCUGAAAGGUUUCUAUUGUAAAGACAAACUGUUCGGUUAGUUUUUCUACUGAUUCCAAGGUAUUCUGAAGAUCAAAACCUGUGUAAAAUGCUUUCAAAAAGUGAAAAAAAAAAUAAAAAAAAUAAGUUUG